AUGAUUGCUCCUGCCGUCGCCAUCGCCCUGCUCGUUUCACUCUUGGCCAGCGUCAGCCAAGCGUGGCCCGCGCAGCCAAGAACGGGAGCAGCGCUUCAACGGCGCAUCAUCGUCGGAAACGACUUUGGCUGCCGCUCCAAGUUCAGACCUGUUGUUGUCCUCCACGGCCUCUUCGCCACCCGCGAGACCGACCUCAACCUCCUCGAGACCUGGCUCCGCCUCCAGGGCUACUGCACCUUUGGGCUCACCUACGGCGCGCCGCCGCUCCUCAUCAGCGUCGGCGGCGUCGCGGCGAUUGACGACUCGGCGGCGCAGAUCCGCAACUCCAUCAACGAGGUCCUCACCAAGACGGGCGCGAGCAAGGUCGACAUCGUCGGCCACUCCGAGGGCGGCUUCCAGGCGCUCUACGUGGCCAAGCGGGAGGGGCUCAGCGCCCGCAUCGGCAGGAUUGUCGCGCUGGCGCCGCCGACCAGCGGCGCCGCGUACCCCAACCUCGUCGGGCUGGGCGACCUGCUCCGUCCCGCGGUCAGCGUGCAGAUCCUCACGGGCGGCUGCCUGGGCUGCGUCGGCCUGCUGCCGGGCAGCACCGAGGUGGCCAGCCUCCACGACGGCCCGGUGACGCAGCCGGGCAACGACGUGACGGUCAUCGCGACCAGAUACGACAAGGUGGUCACGCCGCCGGGCACGGCGUCGUUUAUCCACGAAAGUGGCGUGUACAAUGUGUUUGUGCAGGACGUGUGCUCGGCUGAUCUUACCACCCACAACGGCAUGGCCCUGGAUCCAAACGUGUGGAACUUGAUACACAACGCACUGACGGGCGACAACGGCCGCGAGUUUACUUGCGUCCCCUACAUCAGCCCAGUAUAG